GCGAACGACGGACCACUUAUUCGAAUAUAUUUUUCAAAUAUUUUAAAUAAAAAAGAUAUUUACAAUUAAUAUACAUAUAUAUAUAUAUAAAAAUAAAUAACUAAAUACUUCAAAAUGCAAACAAAAUAUUUAAUGUGCAUAUUUUUCGUAAUCGUCACGUUGUUGAGUAAUCUCUGUGCGCCAGUGGAAUCCAAAGUGAUAUUCUACAAUAAAAAUCCAACAGUACGUACAGGUCAACUCCUGGUAACACAUAAACGCUCGAAACCCUGCCCGAAGGGUCAGAUGCGAGAUCAUCGUGAGAGGUGUCGACGUGCUAUAAUUUUUGGCAAAUAAUAAAAAAUGAACUAAAAUAGUUACUAAGCGUAGUUUAAGGAGCCAAAUGACAAAAGUCGAGCAAUUGAAAGUGCAGGGCACUUCAGUUUAUCUGAUACAAUAAAUCGUAAUCGAUUAAGAUAGUGUGUAGCUUAAUUUAUUAAAUUAUUUUGUAUACAUUUUUGUUAAGUAUGAUGUAUGAUAUAUGAAGUACAUAACAAGUUA